GGCGGCCGCCCUCCUGCACCGCACCGGCAGCCGCCGACCACGACGAAGCGGCAAUUUCGGCUAAGUGUGCCGUCGCAUUCGACGCGGGCGGGCCCCGAGGCGGCGGGCCGUCGGUGGCGCCGGCAGACGACGAGCGGACCUCGGAGCGAGUGGGGGUGUGACGCUCCGGGAGUUGGACCGAGUGAAGAGUGACGGGUCACCGGAGAGGAGGGUAUGCUGACACGUGCUGAGCGUUUCGGCUGGUUCAACCUGGUCGCCCAAUAGGUGUUCAUCUCGUGGUGACGAACUACAGUCGGCAUGCUAUGUGACAGUCGACACAGGCCGCGGGCUGUUCGCACGCUGGCAGUCAUCGGCCUCUUCCUUAUCGCCAGAACAGAGGGCUGGGGCCCCAAGCCAAAUCAGACGUACAUAGAGACGGUGCCAAAGCUGGCAUCGACGUCGACGGCGCGGCCCGCGACGGGCAUCGACGUCGACGACAACUACGUGUUUCCGGACACGGACGGCGACUGUCCCAGGGACGAGGACGCCGUCAAAUUUCAGGGUCAAGUGUGUAUGAAGCGGUGCGACUCAGACAAUGAUUGUCGGAGCCGAAACAGAAAGUGUGUCUGUGAUGGUGCCUGUGGCAUGUCGUGUGUUAAGCAAGACAAAGAGUGUCCAAAGCUAAAGCCGCCCGACUAUGGCCGAAUGAGACUGAAUGGCCGUCUUUACGCAUCAACAGCGCGAUACGCCUGCAGGGAGGGGUACCGGUUGGUGGGACCCACCACCCGCACCUGCCAGGCAGACGGGCAGUGGUCAGCGCACGACCCCAUCUGCAAACUGGUCAACAAGGACCUGUUCUGCGUUGGCUCGCCAAACAUCACCAACGCGCGUCAUAACGCCUCCUAUGACCUUAGCACGUUCGACCUGAACACGACGCUCUACUACUCGUGCUACCCGGGCUAUCAGAGCCGGGGCAUGUUCUCCGAGGCCAAGUGUCUCAUGUAUAAUGACACUGCCAAGUGGUUCGGGCCCGACAUGCAUUGUGACCCCAAGCACUGUCCGCCCCCGCGGAGCAUUGAGCACGGACAGCUGGAGAGCAAUUGUUCGGCGUACCUGUGCCGGGCCAGCUACCAGUGUGACCAGGGCUUCGAGCUGGUCGGACGGGCCAACACCUACUGCCAGAGCGACGGCACCUGGCAGCCCUCCGAGCUGCCCACAUGCACACCGGUUCAGUGCUCACCUCCGCGGACACCUCUGUACGGCCGUGUCGAGGUGAAGACGACCACCGUCUCCUCCAUAGUCCACUACUCCUGUCAGCCUGGCUACGUUCUGGUCGGCAGUGUCGCUCGAACAUGUCAGCCGGACAAGCGCUGGAGCGGCGACGAGCCCGUCUGUCAAGUGCUGACCGAGAUCAAGUGUCCGAUGCCUGGCCCGCUGCACAACGGCUGGAUCGGCGGCAACUCGACCCUGGUGAACUCCCAGAUCACGUUCCAUUGCAACAAGGACACGGUGCGGGUUGGUCAGUCCGAAUCGGCCACCUGCUCCAGCAACGGCGGCUGGUCACACCCGCUGCCCAAGUGCAUGGGACCAUGCACCCUUCCACGGGUGCCUCAAGGUGAAAUCAUCAACGCCACAUCUGACCUAAUAAUGCACGGAGAGAACAUCACGGUCAAAUGCCGUGACCGGUACGAGAUGCAGCUGUCUCAUCAGAUGCCUGUGUGCUACAACGGAACGUGGACUCAUGUACCCAUCUGUGUCCCAGCUCGUUGUAAGGAGCUCCCGCCCGACCCGGAGCACGGGUUUGUGAUCGCGCCCAAAAACGACCACGGCAGCCGCGCCAAGUUCGUCUGUCGCGACGGCUACGUCAUCGAGGGUGACAACAUCACCACCUGCACCUACGGAGAGUGGACCGGCACCGUGCCGCGAUGCAAAAUCGUGUAUUGCAGUUUCCCUGGCAACCUGACGGACGGCCGAAUCCUUUUGGUGGGCAACAUGGGAUUAUACGACUACCGCGAGUACGUCAAGAAGGUGCGCAACGAUCGAAUGAUCUCCUUCAAGUGCAAGAAGGGCUACACGCUAAGCUCCGGCCCGUCGGGAGCCACGUGCGUGGACGGCCACUGGCGACCGCCCGGCUUCCCCACCUGCACUCUGGACCGGCACCCCACGCUGUCGUCAUGGUUCAACAAGCGCUCGGUGCGCAGCGCGCGCUGGUCGCUGGUGCGCCGGCUGCGGCGCUGGGCGGCCGCGCCCGACCAGCCGCGUUCGGCCAGCGCCGGUCGGCGGCGGCUCGCCGGCGGAAGGAAGCGGAGACGGCGGAGGCGUAGACAGCCAUGCGAACCGAUCCCCAACGAGUCUUACAUACGCGUGGAGGUGGUGCGUCCCGGCAAGGACGCCAACAACACCUUCUCACGCGGCUCUCGGGUCAAGGUCAUCUGCGGUCACGGCUACGAACUAAACAUCGGCAACCGGCUGGCGCGCUGCGUGCGGGGCCGCUGGAAGCCAGAAAAACCAAACUGUGUUGCCAUGUCCUGCUCGCUGCCAGAGGUCAAGAACGGAGUGUGGAUGCAGCGCGGCGAGCCGGUACCGACCUCCGAGCAGGUCAGCCACGAGACAGUGGUAGACCUCAGCUGUGAGGAGGGCUACACCGUGCAGGGCGCCACGGCGGUGACCUGCUGGUAUGGCUUCCUCACCAACCAGGUGCCCGAGUGCGCGCCCGCUCCAUGUCAGCUGCCGACGCUGUCGAACGGCUCCUACACGGAGCCCGGCUACAAGUCGGGCCUGUUUGUGGCACACAAUUUCGGCGUGGCGUACCAGUGUGAUCCGGGCUUUCUGGCGGCCAGCGAGCCGCCGGUGCUGUGCCAGUCGGGUCGGUUCACACCAGCCCCGCCACAGUGUCAGAUGGGACUGCUCAACACGGUCAAUGAUUAUGCUGGAGAGCCUCUGCAGCUGACCGAGGUGCUGCCAGAGGGCACACUGGCCCAGCGCUCAGAAUAUGCCGUCGGAGGGGAUAUCACUGCCGGUGACCUCAGCGGGCUGAGGAAACCGUGCGGCCCGCCGGCGCAGAUUCAGAACAGUGUCAUCUACACGGACGGCCAGCUGGCCAAUGGCACCGAAAAACAGUUUCCGGAUGGCUCGGAGGUGACGUUUGACUGCGUCACUGGAGUCGGGGGCGAGAAGACGUCCUGGAGGAUAAUGUGCGAGGAUGGCAGCUGGGUCGGCCGCUCGCUCAGCUGUGAUGAAAAUGACUUGCAAGAUCCAAUGUACAUGAGGAACAAGUCAUGCACGUUUUAUAACGACAUGAUCAAUGUGAUGACCUUCUUCCAAGACCAGCCAGUGCUGGAAAAGAAGGUCGAAUUUCCUCCGGGAACCAAACUAACGUUCCGGUGCGAUGACAUUGGCAAGUUCGCCAUGAUCGGCAGCAACCAGCGCACCUGUGUGAGAGGCGACUGGGACGGUGCACGGCCCAUCUGCUUCGGGCUCAACCAGAUGAACGACUAUGCACUGGAGAAACCUCCGACGAUUCUGUUCCGGCACAAGUCGGGGCCGAUCGCUCAGAGCAAUGACGGCAAGCUGAUCGUGUACCCCGGCGCCGUGCUGCACCUCGAGUGUCUGUGGAUCAGAAAGUUCGGCUCCCCGACGUGGGAGGUAUCGCAUCAGCACAGGACCUACCCUCACGGCUGGACGACGGAGGAGGGGCGCGACUCGAACCUUGAGUACCGUCUGAGCAUCUACCACGCCCAGGCCGAGGACUCGGGUUCUUACACCUGUGUCACACCUCCUCGGCACCGCCACGGAGUGCACAUAGAGGUCAAAGCGGUGCGAUGCCCAAUCGUGCCGGAACGGCCGGGCCUGUACAAGAGCACACACGAUACCAAGAUGAACACCCAGGUGGAAUUUUCGUGUGCCAAUGGGAACACUCUGAUUGGCGCGCACCAGAUGACCUGCCUGCCCUCGGGCAACUGGAGCGCGCCGAUGCCGCACUGUGAAACAAUCGGUGAGCACUGGCGCCCCGGCCUCGCCGCAGACAGGCUAGAGUGUCCCGAGUUCAGAAACAUCCCAGACCCCAACGUCAAGGUGGCCAUUCUGAACCGACAAGUGACCGGCAAGGCCAUCUUCGAGUGCCCGAGGGGCUACCAAAAGGUCGGCGCCCACGAGGCGUACUGUCAGGUGAAUGGACAGUGGUCGCAACAGCCGCCCACCUGUGAAGAGCUGCUGUGCCAAACGCCCGAGGUGCCCGAGAACGGCAUGAUGACGCCCCAGGACGCGCCGCACAUGGUCGGUGACGUCAUCCAGUUCUCAUGCAAGCACGGCUACAUGAUGGAGGGUCAGCCGAUCGUCGAGUGCCUCGAGACCCGGGAGUGGUCUCGGGAGAUACCGCAAUGCGUGCGGGCGUGCACGUACCCCGGCUCGACGAUCGGUGGCACCAUCUCCAAGGUGAAGUUCUACUACUCCAUCAACGAGGUGGUGGUCUUCACGUGCGACAACGGUCUGGAGCUGGUCGGAGAGCACACUCUCGAGUGUCUGCCCGGCGGCGUCUGGUCUAGCCGCAUCCCCAGUUGCGUGGGCAGGACGCUCUAGAAGAUCAAACAGCGCGCGAGGAGAAGGUCGGCUUCCUCUCGAGGGUGAUUACAGGAUGAUGGAGGCACCCAUUUCGGCAGUGUGACCAGCGGACCAAGAGUUAAUCACUGGCCCAUCAGUGAAUCAUUGGACCAGGUGAAAGCGGCUGCGAGAGCUGCUCGUAUACCUUCUGUGCUCCUGUGGGCUGUUCAAUACCACGUUAGAUGUGUGGAUAAACGUGCCAUGCCGUGGCUAUUAAGGCCACUCAGAGUGGCCCAGCACUAAAGACAUCGCGGAGACUCCUGGAGAGGUCACUGUUCUUGUUCAUGAACUCAUCUUAGCGAGAAUACUGUUCGUAAUACUCAGCUGUUUGAAUUGUCAACGAUGUCAAUAGGUAUGUAGAUAUGUGGGCAUUCUGUACACCAGAUGUAGACUUCUUUCGCUUUGAGAGCAAGGCUUUGGCGCUACAACCAUUGCUAGAUCUAUCUCUUUGUCAAUCAAGGCUGAUUGUUUGACGCUGACGCUUAUCAGAUACAUUGUUGUUAUGCGAGUUCUCGGCUAUAUGUUGCAUGUGCCGGACUAUUAGGCGACUCCAAUGCUGGGUUGUCUGGCUGCGAGCCGCGAGCUCUCUAGCUCUUGAGCGCUCCCCUGUGACUGACUCCGGUUGUAUCGUGCAGAAAGCGCACCGCAGUUUGGCGCGCCCAGCGACCUGCGACGACGUUUUCCUUUAUGUAUGUUAUGUGCCCUGUACAUAGUUGCGCAGUUUCAGCUCCCAUUACUGGCAGUUACCGCGCAGUUUGUUGUAAUUGACAUGGGCAGCGAAAUGAACUCAGGCGGGUCCUGGUCAUUUACCGGGACCCGGUGUGGGUCUCGCGACGGCUGGCUUCCGGUGGGCUCUGUAGACGGGUGCGGUUUGUUGUCUGUCUGUCCCCAGACAAUCAGCUGCUAGACGGAGGUCAGACAGAUGGGUCCCCAGACGCUGGAGAGCAAAAUCGAACGCGACCGGUUUGUUACCGAGAAUAGCCUGCCAGAUACUGUCACCGAACUGUCGGCUGGCUGGAUCGCCCUGUCGAUACAGUGAUUGUCGUAACUGUCAGCUACAACUGUGUUCGCGGGCAGCUGUGAGUGACAGUGACUGUAGCCUACUCUCGUCUGAAGCUGACUGUCAAUGACCCUCACCCACACUUCCGCCGACCGGUUGCCGACGAGCCCCUCGCGGCGGAGGGAGCGGUAGCCCCUCCGCCCACGGGGAGGGGCUAAGCUGCGACCCACGGGGCGGUACGGCUGGACUGAUGUGUCCGCGGACCGGGAAGGGCGGACCUGAACGGCCGCGAAGGUGCCAGAUCCGCUGAUCACCACCCUUCCCUGUCUGCCCCGCCAACCUGGACAGGAGCCAGAACGGUCAGUGACCGCGCGACGAGAGAAAAACGGAGACUAUGUGAGGCUGCCAUGAAUAUUCUAAUGAUUCGAAAAAAACGGCGACAACGGAUAUGCUGAUGCUAUAAAAAAUAGUGAAUAGCCGAAACUUGUAAUAUGGAUGACCCUUUCAGCAGUCACAUUGAAUGCUCUCAGUUCUCAUCACUUUGUUUGUUCUCGAUUACAUAACCCUGCGGUGCGGCAAAGCAUGCUAAUGUUACCGUUAUGUAAUGCAGAUUAUUCAUAUUCAGAAGAUGCACGUAUGGCGCGCCCAGAUUCCGAUAUCUCUAGCGAUUGACCUUACAUCAAAUGUAGUGGUGGCGUUGUUAGUGUGGCGGGUCGCCGCGCGAUGGCGCUGCAGUUCCGUUGUAUAUCAUAGUGCCCUUCCAUAUUGUGGUCUGUGGGCUCCUCGGGGACUGCGCGGCACACCGAUGAUGGCGCCGGACAUCCCCCGUCGCGGGCCACUGUUUCUGACGCGAGCGCUGCGCUCGCCCUAGCUUGUUUUCCAAUAAACUCUGGUGUACCGGU